AUGGAGGGUACCUCAAAUAAGCAUUCUUUUAUUCUCUUGAUUUUGGUUUUGCAAGUACUCCUUAGUCCUCGAGUACAUUGUCAACUUAGAUAUGACUUCUAUCAUGCAACUUGUCCAACCCUGCCUUUAAUUGUUCGAAGCACACUCUUGUCAGCAAUGGCCCUUGAUCCAAGGAUUGCAGCUUCUAUCUUGCGCCUUCAUUUCCAUGAUUGUUUCGCCAAUGGAUGUGAUGGAUCAGUGUUACUUGAUGAUACCAGCACUUUUACUGGGGAGAAAAACGCAUUGCCUAAUCGAAAUUCUAUCAGAGGAUUUGAGCUAAUUGAUAGAAUUAAGUAUGCAAUCGAGUGUGUAUGCCCAUCCACCGUAUCAUGUGCUGAUAUACUAGCUCUAGCAGCUAGAGAAGCUGUUAAUCUAGUAAGAAACCCCAGCACCAGUAGUUUUAGACUAUACUGGGGGGCACCAGCACUUCUUGGUCGUAGAGAUGGCACAACAGCAAGCCUGAGUGAGGCUAAUCAGUUGCCUUCACCCUUUGACUCCCUAGAAAACAUUACCAACAAGUUCAUUUCUAAGGGUCUUGAAAUUAAGGAUGUAGUAGUGCUCUCAGGAGCCCAUACCAUAGGCUUUGCUCAGUGCUUUACAUUCAAGCAAAGGCUUUUCAACUAUAAAGGCACUGGUAAAUCCGAUCCAUCACUUGAUGAUUCACUUCUACAAUAUUUACGGGAACUGUGUCCAAAUAAUGAUUCUGACACCCAUUUGGCUCCCUUGGAUACCAUGACUCCCCACUUUUUUGAUAACAUGUAUUACAGAAACCUUGUGAAGAAUUUAGGACUACUUCAGACAGAUCAAGCUCUUAUGCAUGACAAAACCACUGCUUCAUUGGUCAUCAAGUAUAGUGACUGGCCUGGUCAACUUCACUUCUACCAUGACUUCGAUGCAUCUCUUGGGAAAAUGAGUCUUAUUGGUGUACUCACAGGACAACAAGGGGAGAUAAGGAAAAAUUGCAGGGUGGUGAACUAG